AACAACAACAUUGGCUGCAGAGAAAUGACUAGAAGGGCCUGAAGAAGUUGUUUAGGCAACAGUCUGACUCAAUCUGCACUACACCCUGCUGAGGAUACACGUGAAGCAGCGUGCUCACUGAGUGUUUGACAGCAGCAGAUCCAGGUAAAGGCUCUAACAACCCUGCACGGCUUCACUAAAACUGCUAACUGAACGGCUAGCUUGUUAGCUUCCCGCCUGCUUAUUGGGUAAAAUGAACGGCUAUCAGAACGGUUUCCAUAACAACUCGCACAUUGAUGAAGACUGCUUCCUCUUCACGUCUGAAUCAGUCGGAGAGGGACACCCCGAUAAGAUUUGUGACCAAAUCAGUGAUGCUGUGUUGGACGCACACCUCAGACAAGACCCUGAUGCCAAAGUAGCAUGUGAGACUGUUGCUAAGACGGGGAUGAUCCUGCUGGCUGGGGAGAUCACCUCCAGAGCCAGCGUUGACUACCAGAAGAUUGUCAGGGAAACAAUCAAACACAUUGGGUAUGACGACUCCUCCAAAGGUUUUGACUAUAAGACCUGCAAUGUGCUGGUGGCUUUGGAGCAGCAGUCCCCCGACAUUGCUCAGGGCGUUCACAUGGAUCGCAAAGAGGAGGACGUGGGAGCCGGUGACCAGGGUCUGAUGUUCGGAUAUGCCACUGAUGAGACUGAGGAGUGUAUGCCGCUCACUAUCGUCCUGGCUCACAAACUCAAUGCCAAGAUGGCUGAGCUGCGCCGAGAUGGGACGCUGCCGUGGCUCCGGCCUGAUUCCAAAACUCAGGUGACUGUUCAGUACAGACAGGAUCGAGGCGCCAUGCAGCCGCUGCGUGUUCACACCGUUGUGGUGUCUGUGCAGCACGAUGAGGCUAUCGCUUUGGAAGAGAUGCGCAGAUGUCUGAAGGAGCAGGUGGUGAAAGCGGUCAUUCCUAGUGGCUACCUGGACGAGGAAACGGUUUACCACAUGCAGCCCAGCGGACGCUUUGUCAUCGGAGGACCACAGGGUGAUGCUGGUCUUACUGGCCGUAAAAUCAUUGUGGAUACUUACGGGGGCUGGGGUGCCCAUGGAGGAGGAGCCUUUUCUGGGAAGGACUACACCAAAGUAGAUCGCUCUGCAGCCUAUGCUGCCCGCUGGGUGGCCAAAUCUCUGGUGAAAUCAGGGCUCUGCAAGCGGGUGUUGGUCCAGGUAGCAUAUGCCAUUGGGAUUGCCCAUCCACUCUCCGUCUCCAUCUUCCACUAUGGGACGUCCGAGAAGAGCGAGAAGGAGCUGCUGGAAAUUGUGAUGAAGAACUUUGAUCUUCGUCCAGGAGUUAUCGUGAGGGAUCUUGAUCUGAAGAUGCCGAUCUACCAGCGCACAGCAGCUUACGGGCACUUUGGUCGAGACCUCUUUACAUGGGAGGUGCCAAAGGCUCUGAAAUACUGAACCCCUUCCUCUAAUCUUUAAGCGGGCACGAGGUGUACUACAGAUAAACCUGUGCCCGUCUACUCCCUCCUUCAUCCUCCUUUAUCAUCCUCCUCCCUCUUUCUCCUCACACACACAGCCACAUCAGCGCAGCUUCUACGUCAUGAAGACCAUUCCCUUUCUCCACCUGUUAGUAUUGUACACAUCUCUAUUAAACAUAAAGAGUAUUUGAGUUGCAUGUAUGAAGUUGAACAACCAUGCUGGAAGAAUUGCGCGUUCAGAUUCGAGCAGUGCUGCCAGCUUUUGUUUAUCUUUUAUUCUGGCAGCUCGCCACAUUUUGAAUCAAUAAUGGCCAUCUAUAUCCCUGAUAAUGCUAGUUAAGAAUAGAAUAACUUGAUCUCUGCGGUAUGUAUUUAAACUUUAUUUCUAAAAGAUUUCCAUAGUGAUCCAUAUGGGCAUUUGCUAGUAUUCAUGGUAAUGCAGGAUAUUUCUUUUACUACUAGCUUUUAUCUGGAUCUAUUCAAACUGGAUCUCACUGUAGUGAUCAGUGGCAGUUGGCGUGCUCAGUUUUUUUCUUCAUGUAAUUUCCCCUUACUGUGUUUGGUAACAAGCAGUCAAGUAUUGCAAACAAUCUCUGCCAUGUUCCCCUCAUAACCUCACCCUUUGUUUGUGUAAUUCUGCUGGCACAAACAGGAUCAAUCACAUGACUUGAUUUGAUAUAAAAUCAGAUCAUUUUCUCAUUCGUGCUGUCCCUUCAGGCCAUUUUCUUUCUGAUGUUUUACAGAGAAGUCAGAAGCUGCUUUUGGUUUUGUUGGACUGCACCAUAAAAUCGCUACAUUUUUUUAAAUGUUUUUUCUUGGUUUAAAUCUCAUGUGAAUGUUCCACAUUUUUUUUUUUAACUGUCAAUGUUUUCAAGAUAAAGGCGUGGUACACUACACACCCUGCCUGAGCCGACUCUGGGUGUAGCUACAGAGAAACCCAGCUCAGUCGCCUCCAGGCAGGAGCUGCCUUUAUUCCAGGGCAGCAUCUUGUUUUAUAAAAUGGCUUUGACUACUGUGGGACAAGUAAGGAUGGACAGCUGAUUAAUGUGUGCCACAAUAUUUCUUUAUCUAAAUAGUGGCUCCCUGACACCUUUUAGUCUCACUUGCGCACAAUGUGAAAGGUAGAUUUGUAUGGCGGAAGAUGAGGCCACAGACACACAUUGCACAGUCGGCUAAGUGAAUGUAAGACAUUACAUUACUGCUCUGGUCUUCCCAGCAGUUGGUGUUGUACUCAUGCUGACGGGGGUCAGAAUAUGCUACUGUUCAGUUUAACUUGAAUUGCACAGCACAUUGGUUCUUAGAAUUACCAAAAGUGGAAAAGGUCUCUAUUUCAAUGUUGUGUGUACUGUAGAGUAGUUCCUAAAUUAAUAUUCAGCUUUUCUUUUUCUUUAUUUAUGUUUUUAAAACGGCAUUCUUAUACCAAACCGUAAUGGAUGGCACAAGUCUUUUUUUAAAGUUAUUAGUUAGUAGCUAACUAAUAAGUCCUGGCUUUAUUGAGGGUUUAGGACAGAAAUGCAGAUAAAGUUGGGUGAUGUGUGCCAGAGACCCUGGCCAGAUUGACCCCGAAUACGUUGUGUAUACACUGUAUAUGCAUUUCAAUGCGUCCCUUUGACUUUACUCUCGAAUGAGUAUCUUCACAAUAUAUUUGCUAAUGCUAAGCCAGCUGCAAGCCCGAGUGAAGUCGGUUUUCAACUUUAGAUCAUCACGUUUGGUAUUUUGUCUGAGCUGCGCGUAGUGUGUAGCCAGGUGGCAAUGUUUCCUCAUAUAAUACUCACAUUAAGAUUUGUUUUCUGCUCUGAUGUCACUGAUUCAGUUUGGCUCCUCGAGCAUCACCUUGUGGAUCUUCGAGUGUACUGCAACACAGAAAGGGCUGAGAGCAUUUCUAAUUAAGCUUGUAACAAAGUGAUCAUUCACUAUAAUAACUUUACCUCUCAAAUAUUUUUUAACAAUAUGUUUGCAUCCUGUUGCUCCUCCACAGACGAGACAAAUGCUUGGUUGGUGUUGUACAGAGAAACCAGCCUGUUUACAUUCUCUCCUGUGGUUGGGUAACAUUAUUUACUGUUCAAUAAUUUGUAUAACUUGAUGAAGUUUCAGUGUGGUUGCUGAAUGUGUAAAAGUGCCUUUUCUCUUUUGCUGCAAUGCCCUUAUCCCCCAAAUAUCCUACUCCUUGCCUAAUUAAAUCUGGCCCGAUCCUCUAAACUGAUGUGGUAAAAUCUCCUGCUUCAACAAUUCACACUGAUGAGUCUGAGUUGUUGUUGAGUUCCUUUUUCAAUGCCAUUUAAAAAUAAACUGCACUCUUCUUUAUGCUCAA